UCCCAACUGGCUUCCCCGCCCCAUUUGGUAGGGGCUGGCCCUCAGCCCUCCAACCCCUUUACCCCACAUGCCUGGGAAGCCGGGGGCCAACAUGGAUCUUCUCUUGGACAUCAGCUAAGCCUGGAAGACUCUUCCCUCGGAGACCAUGGAGAGGGACAGCCACGGGAAUGCAUCUCCGGCAAGGACAUCUUCAGCCCGGGUGUCUCCAGCCCAGGCACCUCCAGCGGGGACACCUCCGGGCCAGGCAUCUCCAGGCCAGGCAUCUCCAGCGGGGACACCUCCAGCCCGAGCAUCUCCAGCCCGAGCACCUCCAGCUCGGGCAUCUCCAGCUCAGGCAUCAGCUUCCAGAUCCUCAUCCAGCAGGUCCUCAUCCGCCAGGUCAGCCUCUGUGACAACCUCCCCAUCCAGAGUGUACCUUGUUAGAGCAACACCAGUGGGGGCUGUACCCAUCCGAACAUCUCCUGCCAGGUCAGCACCAGCCACCAGGGCCACCAGGGAGAGCCCAGGUACCAGCCUGCCCAAGUUCACCUGGCGGGAGGGCCAGAAGCGGCUGCCGCUCAUCGGGUGCGUGCUCCUCCUCAUCGCCCUGGUGGUGUCGCUCAUCAUCCUCUUCCGCUUCUGGCGGGGCCACACAGGGAUCAGGUAUAAGGAGCAGAGGGAGAGCUGUCCCAAGCAUGCUGUUCGCUGUGACGGGGUAGUGGACUGCAAGCUGAAGAGUGAUGAGCUGGGCUGCGUGAGGUUUGACUGGGACAAGUCUCUGCUUAAAAUCUACUCUGGGUCCUCCCAUCAGUGGCUUCCCAUCUGUAGCAGCAACUGGAAUGACUCCUACUCAGAGAAGACCUGCCAGCAGCUGGGCUUCGAGAGUGCUUACCGGACAAUGGAGGUUGCCCACAGGGAUUUUGCCAACAGCUUCUCAAUCUCAAGAUACAACUCCACCAUCCAGGAAAGCCUCCACAGGUCGGAAUGCCCUUCCCAGCGGUAUAUCUCUCUCCAGUGUUCCCACUGUGGACUGAGGGCCAUGACCGGGCGGAUCGUGGGAGGGGCACUGGCCUCGGAGAGCAAGUGGCCUUGGCAAGUGAGUCUGCACUUCGGCACCACCCACAUCUGUGGAGGCACGCUCAUUGACGCCCAGUGGGUGCUCACUGCCGCCCACUGCUUCUUUGUGACCCGGGAGAAGAUCCUAGAGGGCUGGAAGGUGUACGCGGGCACCAGCAACCUGCACCAGCUGCCUAAGGCAGCCUCCAUAGCCGAGAUCAUCAUCAACAGCAACUACACCGAUGAGCAGGACGACUAUGACAUUGCCCUGAUGCGGCUAUCCAAGCCCCUGCCCCUGUCCGCUCACAUCCACCCUGCCUGCCUCCCCAUGCAUGGACAGACCUUUAGUCUCAAUGAGACCUGCUGGAUCACAGGCUUUGGAAAGACCAGGGAGACAGAUGACAAGACAUCCCCCUUUCUCCGGGAGGUGCAGGUCAACCUCAUUGACUUCAAGAGAUGCAAUGACUACUUGGUCUAUGACAGUUACCUUACCCCAAGGAUGAUGUGUGCUGGGGACCUUCGUGGGGGCAGAGACUCCUGCCAGGGAGACAGCGGGGGACCUCUUGUCUGCGAGCAGAACAACCGCUGGUACCUGGCAGGUGUCACCAGCUGGGGCACAGGCUGUGGCCAGAGAAACAAACCUGGUGUGUACACCAAAGUGACAGAAGUUCUUCCCUGGAUUUACAGCAAGAUGGAGAACGAGGUACGCUUUGGAAAAUCCUAACCAGCUGGCCUGCUGCUCCACACAGCACUGGCGGCUGUGAAGACUCUGGCCACAGUGACUGGCCAUGCGUGACAUCAUCUGAGCUAAUGGUCACCAGGCACCGUUGGACUCCCUCCUUCACUGUCAGCUGCCUCUGUGUGUGUGUGUGUGUGUGUGUGUGUGUGUGUGUGUGUGUUUGUGCAUAUGUGUGCAUUGCUACUCUCCCAAGUUUUUCAGAAACCAGCAGAGCUGUCAACUCUUCUAGAAAUUCCAGGCUGGAAAUUACCUGGAGACAAGAGCUUGAGCACCGCAGACGUUCCUACAGGGGUGUCCAUAGAUGGAUGGAGGAGGUGAAGCCCAGAGCCCAAGGAAGGGCCUGAAAUUCUGGCUUCUUUGACCCUCACUUACAGACUAGCCCAGUGCGGGCAGAUGCCAGUGGCCCAGGUGACACCAUUGCUGUCCCAAGAUGGAGCGCAGGUUUUGGUGGAUGUAGCUUCCCAGCGCCUGGACCGUCUUGGGUGGAAAGUCGCUCCCAUGGGCGUUACGAGCAUUGAGCCCUCAUCCAGACCUGCUGCUGGUGCCCUGUAUGUCACCAGUUGGGCUGUGCUAUGGCUAACCCGGCUGACAUCUGAGAAGAGGAUUCACUGUACUCAUUUGAUCACAAGCUGCUGGGUCGGGUUUUAUUUUAAUUUAUUUUUAUAUUUAAGAAAUGAAAAUACAGGUAUUUUGAAAGAUUUGCGAAAAAGUCCAGAGCCUUGACAGCAUCAAUCAGCCCAAGACCCCCAGGGGACUCAUGGGAAAUGUCGUAUUUUAGAGUCCUACAGAAUAUUUCUGACCUCAAGGCACUGGAUGAAGAAACUGGACAAAGUCCUCAGGAUGGACAUGUCCCAAAUCACUACAGCAUCUGGAGCCCCUGGGAGAUACUCAGGGAAACAAAUCCUCAUUUGGGCUGGUGAGCAAAUCCAACAUGACGAGGUCCACUGUUACUGCAUCCACGGGUUCUGACGAAGACAUGAAGAAAUGGAUGCUGGUCCUGUGCAGGCUCCCAGGGGCCCCGGAGAGGUCCGGGGGGACAGCAUCUCUUGUUCCCAGGGGCUGUCCUGGGACUUUGCAGAAACCAGCAGAGCUGUCAACUCUUCUCCAAAUCCCAGGCUGGAAAUUACCUGGAGACAAGAGCUUUCUUCUCAGCAUUCUCCACCUUUCUGUUUCCCAGUUGUUCCAGAAAGUUAGCACUGAUAUAAAAACUGCCAUGGAGAGAAAGCUAACAUGGUCCCCAGACAGCCUUCUGAAGGAUCCAAUUGGCCCUGCUCCUGCAAAUCAUCUAUGUGCCCGGACUCACCAGCUAAAAGAGCGGGCCUUCCCCAGCCUUUUCUCUGAGGCACCUAUUCCUCCACCAACCCUGCUCCUCUCACCUUCCUGGGGCCCAUCGGGGGCUUUUGUGGUGCUGUGCUUCUCAGACGUGGGAUCCAAGCAGAUCAGCCCAGCCCAGCCCAGCUCAGGCAGGCCGUGGCCGCUCAGGGGAAAGACUGCCGCAGAAGAGCAGGCUGGAGAGCCGGACAGGGGCUGAUGGGGCUGCGUACACUGGGGAAUGUUACCAAGGCUGGGAAGGAGGCCACAUUCCUGUCUGCAGCAGUCCCUAGUGAUGGUCUGCAGCAAUAAAAGUUGUGUGACCUGA